AUUGGUCACUGAAUCUACGUUAAUGAAUAACAAUUCUAUUCAUCAAGUGCGGUUAUCGGACCAAAUACUUGUUUUGCAUUUAUUCUUUGGCCUCUUCUUGUGAGCCUCUCACCCGAUAACGUCGUCGAACUUGGCCUUUGACCGCGGGGGCAAAGUUCUGACAUACCACCGAUAAAGAUGUAUAUAGCAUAUUGAGCAUGGGCAGGAGCCGAGCAUUGGCGUUAAGAAGACUUGUUAUUAUCGUCUUAAUAUUCUCUGCCAAACUAAGAUUGUACAAUUCUGUUGAGUUGGUGUUACAAAAUUAAAACCCGAUAAUUCUUAUUUUGCUCUAGAUUUCGGGAAGAAGUAUAGAACUGGGAAAAAUGAGAAGCAUAACAACGAACGGCGACUACUACAAGCAAAUCUUUCAACUCUUCUGUCGAAAAUGCAGAAAAACAGAAGUGGAUAGAGCCUGGGCAGAACAAGUCUUUCCCAGACUCGUCAUUGAUAAAAUGCAAUCGAAAAUUCUGAAUAAAUCUGCCAAUACAUUUAUCUCACUCGGUAUAGGUAGCGGAACGGGUGAGUUAAUGUAUCGGUGUGUUUUGAACACCUAGACUCGUCAUUGAUAAAAUACAAUCGAAAAUUCUGAAUAAAUCUGGCAAUACAUUUUUCUCACUCGGUAUAGGUAGCGGAACGGGUGAGUUAAUGUAUCGGUGUGUUUUGAACACCUAGACUCGUCAUUGAUAAAAUACAAUCGAAAAUUCUGAAUAAAUCUGGCAAUACAUUUUUCUCACUCGGUAUAGGUAGCGGAACGGGUGAAUUUGAAAGUUCGCUGCUCCGGCAAAUCUCGAUGCGUUACAAAUGCAUCCAUCAUACCGUUGUUGAACCAGCGAAAUCUUUCAUCCAGCGUUACCAAUCUCUUCUUUUAACGGAAGAUGGGAUCAAAGAUAUUCAAUUUGACUGGAAGGAGCAGACGAUGCAGACGUUUCAGAAAGAUCAUGAAGAACAGAAAGGGGGCAAACAGCCGAAUAAUUUUCAUUUCAUCAUCGCGGUGCAUUCAUUGUAUUACGCCAGUGACAUGGAAGACACCAUACGAUUCUUUCAUGGCUUGCUCGAUGACGGAGGCGUGUUGAUGAUAGCCGUCACAACUGACCAAUCCAGCAACACGAAAUUCAUCAAAAAUUUCCCGGUCAUUAUCGAACACAAUCCUCACAUCACAGUUGUGAACAGCUCCGACGUUGAACGAUCGUUAAAGACCCUUGGUCUCCCGUACGACGUCCAUGCGCAGUCAUCAUCGGCCGACAUCAGCUCCGUCUUCGACGAGUCAUCUGCCGAGGGCAAUCACAUACUCGACUUCCUGACGCAUACGAUCGACUUCCGGAGCACUGCACCUGCGCAGCUCUGUGAUGACGUCAUCUCUUAUUUGAAAUCACCGGAAUGUUGCCACCUUGCAGAUGACGGGACUGUUCAAUUUAUGAACCCAUGGAAAACAUUUGUUAUCCAGAACGCUAAAUGAUAACACAAAAAUAACAUGCCCUACUCAUGAUUUAUCAUAAACAAAAAUUACUGAUUUUUUUAAGCCACCGGGUUUCUUGCUUUCUGCCUAAAUAUAGGCCUAAAUGACCUAUUGUGACCUUACCUGUAAAGAACGUCAAAUGUUAGACAUGAUAUCCCGACCUUUGACUCAAGUGGCAAACAGCUUCGAUGAUUUCUUUGAUUGUAAACUUUGCGACAUUUGGUCAUUAAUCAGAUGAUAUUGUACAAAAGUUGUUUAUUUCUUGCUUUAUUUCAUUUCUUACGUCUGUUUAGUUCGCCGGUCUAUGCAGGGGGUGGAAUGUCAUGCCCCCCCCGCCGAGCCCAUAGCUACCCUAUGAGGGCGGAUAAAAAUUUGCUGGCCCCCUGAAUUGUGAAAAUAAUAACUGUAUAUCUGAGCUUUGCGGCCAACUCGCUGCCCAUUUUCUUCAACAUCAGCUUCUGAUAAAAUUGUCGACUAGAAAGUGAUUGUGAUGACUUCACAUCCAAUGACGUGGGUUAGUCAUAUUAUGUAAUACUUUUGAACAUAUACGCUGGAUUACAUAACAUUUUCCAUUUUCCGGGCGUACAUGAAUGAGAAGGUUUCGGGGACUUUGCCAAAGUAUGUUGAUGUAUGUAUAUUUGUUAACACGCCUCCCACCCCCCAUGGAAAUUUGUUACCGUAAUCGCGUCUGUACGGAAGCGUUGUGGUUUAGUGGUUCUGAGUCUCGCCUUGUAAAUAAAGGGUUGUAUGUUCGAGUCCAACCGGGAGGCAUAGCGUCCUUAAUAUUCAUCACCUAAAUGGACGGUACCAUGUAGAAUGGUGUGUGUGUGUGUGUGUGGG